GGUUAUGAGAGAGAGAGAGAUAGAGAGAGAUAAUAGCACUGUGAGCUGUGCGACGGAAGACUGGAACGGUGAAGUGUUGCGCUCGGGGUGUUAAGUGAAUACGACGAGCAUCCAAACUACGAGAGAGAAAGAGAGAGAGACUUCAACGCACGCAUAGAAGAGAUAACGGUGAGGGAUAUAAGGGGAACAACACCGAAGGACACGACGUUAAGGGUUGGGAAUCACGUUUACAGAAAGAAAAGGAAAGGGAACGGUGACACAGACGCCUCGUCCAAAUCGGCGAGGUGUUGUCCGAGGUGGAGGAGGGCGUCGGGAGGAGAGGGUUGGAAGGAGGGUGGCGUGCUAUGAUCAGCAUGGAGCUUCCGGCCCACGCGACGCAGCAUGGUGCUCUUCACCUGGGGGUCGGGGUCGCGGUGAAUCCAGGUGAUCCAGCCGGAAGUACUCUAACCGCCAUUCAUCCGCAUCCCCAGGAUCCCUUAGCCCUCCACCAUCACAAUCACGCUGCCGCGACACCCGGAGGUAUGCAUGAGGACUCCAAGAAAAAACAUGAUGGUGGCCAUGGAAUGAAUCAAGACGGCCACGGUGGAGUUAACCAGCUUGGUGGUGUCUUUGUGAAUGGGAGGCCCUUACCGGACGUAGUAAGGCAAAGGAUCGUCGAACUAGCGCAUAGUGGUGUCCGACCGUGCGACAUUUCGAGACAACUCAGGGUAUCUCACGGCUGUGUAUCCAAGAUAUUGUCAAGGUAUUACGAAACCGGCAGCUUCAAAGCCGGCGUGAUAGGUGGUUCCAAGCCUAAAGUGGCAACGCCACCGGUUGUCGAUGCGAUCGCGAAUUACAAGAGGGACAAUCCAACGAUGUUUGCUUGGGAGAUUCGUGACAGGUUGCUGGCAGAAGGGAUUUGUUCGCAGGACAACGUACCUUCUGUCUCCUCUAUCAAUCGAAUCGUGAGAAACAAGGCGGCAGAAAAGGCGAAGCACGCGCAUCAGCAACAGCAGGCGCAGCAGCAGCAAGGUCAGCAACAAGGUCAGCCAGGAUCAGGUGGUUCCGUGUCGGUGAUAGCCCAUGCACCUGCCACACCGGCGGGUCAUCCUGCGGCCGCCGCUCCCAAUGCCUACAGCAUCAGUGGCAUCCUCGGAAUCCCCGCACACCAUCAGGAUCCAAACGGCAAUAGUAUCAAGAGAAAGCGAGCCGAUGACGACGACAAUCGUGACUUGGGCGAUCAUCCGGAGGACGACUUGAAGAGACAGCGAAGUAACUACAACGGCGACCAACUCUACUCGAACCUGUGGUCGAGUAAAUGGAGCAUCAAGGACGAACACAAGCUCCUGAACGAGCUUGGUGGAGGAGGCGGAGGUGGCGGUGGAGGCGGUGGCGGUGGCGGCGGCGGCGGCGGCGGGGGAGGCGGUGGUGGCGGUGGCGGCGGCGGAGGUGGUGGUGCGAAUGGUACGACGAACGCAGGUGGUGGAGGAGCUGCUGGUGCCGGUGGCGGAGGUGGCGGAGGUGCAGGAGGCGGUGGUGCCUACUAUGAGCAUGCCGGAUUCCCCGGGAACGCGAUUGCCACCUCCGCCGAGCUCUACGACUCCCUGGGCACCAUCAGUACGAUGACGCAGGCGCAAACGCCACAUCUCUAUACCCCGCCCAUAGGGGGCACCAUAGCAGGUGGUACUUUGACGCCGCUCGCUCCACUGACGAUGCAAGCAUUGGACGGGGCUAACAUGUCUCCUUACCACGCCACCGCAGAGAGCGGUACCGUCGCAGUCUCAUACGUAGGGGUUGGGGCCGGCGGGGGCGAGCAGAGUCCACCGAUUUCCUUGCAGAACGAGACGAACGCCACCCCCGCGGCCCCCAACACCCCGGGAGGGGAUCCCGGACUCACGGUCUUGCAGCCGCCAGUUUCUCAGCCUCAGGUAGCCUCUGCGAUACCACCGUACUCGACGAUGCUUCCAAGUUUCGGACAUUAUGCCACCGGUGGUGGCGAUUACGCGUACAGCGCCGCGUAUUCUCAAUAUUCGAGUGCACCGUACAGUGGAUAUGGCUAUGGAGCAGCGACAAGCGGGUUGCUCAAUUCCACGUACUACUAUUGCAACGGGGAUACGCUGGCGUCUUCCCAAAACAAUUCGCAAGCGGCCGGCGCGUGCAACAAUAAUGGCGGCGGCGGCGGCGGCGGCGGCGGCGGUGGUGGCGGUGGUGGUGGUGGCAUUGGAGGUGGUGGCGGAGGUGGAGGUGGUGUCGGAGGUGGUGGUGGUGGCGGUGGAGCAGAUAGCAACACGGACGUGGCUAGUCGUUCGCCUCUGGCAGCCACCAGAGCAAGUAGCGGUGCGAGUGCAGCAUCACCGACUGGUAGCGCCUGUACCAAACCAGAUCAUGCCUCUACACCGACCGACCUAUACUUGGCUUGAUCGGUAAAAGUCUCACGUGAUACCAAUGUGUAAGGGACCGAUCGGCAAUAACGGACGCCAUAUCAUUGGAGGGAAGAAAGAACGAAAAAAAAAAAAAAGAAAAAAAAAGAAAAAUCUGAAAAAAAAAAGAAACAAA